AGUGAGAGAGAAUGGGAAGUCUGUCCAGAAGGUCAUUGGCGGCGAUCUUAACCGUCAUCGCGAUUCUCUUCAUCUCCGCUGCUGAGUCGACGCCUUCGGUCGGAGGAUUCACCGGCGAUUUCUUUCCGGUCGGGGCGGAGUGCCGCGGCUCUAUCGCCGAGUGUUCGAUAUCGGCCGGUGACGACGGUGAUCUCUUAUACGGCGGCGGAAUUUCAGCGGAGGGGGAAGAGUUCGAGAUGGAGUCGGAGACGAGCAGGCGCAUUUUAGCGACGAGGAGGUACAUAAGCUACGGUGCGCUGAGGAGAGGCAGUGUGCCAUGCUCGCGACGAGGAGCAUCGUACUACAACUGCAGACGUGGCGCACAUGCCAACCCGUAUUCCCGCGGAUGCAGCGUCAUCACUCGCUGCCGACGCUGAUUUGUAAUAUUUCUACUAUAUCCAAUUCUUUUUGUUUUUUUUUAUUCUCUUCAAAACUUUUUUUUGGCGUAAUUUACUGAGUUUAUAUUAUUAUUAUUAUGUUAAUUUCCAACAUAUACUAUAUGGAAUAUGUAUACGUACAAUUUUCUGGAGGAUUGGACACCUCGUGUGUUGUUGUUGCUUACAUACAUAAACAAGAAAAAGAAAUAUGGAAUAAAGAUGGUACACAUUUUUAGUA